GUUCUUUCUUCCCUCAUGGAUGGAGACUACCACCGAAAGUUUCAGUUUAGCCCAGUUUUUAUUGGAGUUCUUGGUGUUAUUGCAGGAGCAAUUGUGUUUGCAACAUACCAUUACAUUGCUGUUGCCUGCUGCAACCGGAGGCUGGCAGCACCAAGCCCACCUAGCAGACACCAUUUAGCCCCUCAAACCAACCAAGAAAAUAGGCCUAGCAGCACAAGCAAUUCAAUGGUACAACUCCUUCCAGUUUUCAGAUACUGCAAAGAAACUGAACAAGAAACAUGUUCUGUGUGUUUGUGUGAGUUUAAGGAAGCCGAGGAGAUUCGAGCAUUGCCUGAAUGCCUACACUUGUUUCAUGUUACUUGUAUUGAUACAUGGCUCAACAGCCACUCUAAUUGCCCCCUUUGUCGUGCUGAUACUAUGCCUUCGCCGCAUGCGAUCUUGUCUUUGCCAAAUAUUACGGCAAGGCCGCCUCCGGAGGUACAUGGCUUGCAGGAUUCUGGAGCUUGAUUUUCUUCUUCAAAUGAUUGAUAGAUGGCUUGGCAUUUCAAGCCAGCCAAUUCUGUUAGCACGAUUGAAUGUGUAGUUAAACGGCUUGGACAUCUGUACGUACUGCUCGUGGCAAUAGGUAGAUUGUUCAUUUGAAAGAUAGAGGUAAGCGUUUGGUCAAUUGCAAACAUGUUAAAAUCAUCGUCAUAUAUACGUUUUGGUAUUAAUUAUUUCCGCAAUCCGUUAAUCUUCAUUCCUAGAAAAACUAUUCUUGUUAAUCUUGAUAGUCUCAGAAGUGAUGAAUCC